CUCCAUGUGGAUUUGGUCGUCCCCGUGAUCGCGAGCUGCUGGCAGCGAGAGGGGCAGCGCGCCUGCCUCGGCAGGCGGCGGCCGAAGCGGCCGGACCGGGGACGGAAGGACAGACCGACGUCUCCGAGCUGGAACCAUGUGAGGGUCCAGCCAGUAAGGCGGAGUACACAAGAGCUCAGAGGCUCUGUCUCCUGGUCCCCACCCGGCUCAGAAUGGAACAGAGGAGGCCCUGGCUGCGGGCCUCAGAGGUGGAUGGCUGGCCUGUGGUCCUGCUCUCCGCUGUCUGCGUGCUGCUGGCUCCCCGGGCGGCCGGCAUGCCCCAGUUCAGCACCUUCCACUCCGAGAACCGGGACUGGACCUUCAACCACUUGACCGUGCACCGCGGGACCGGGGCGGUGUACGUGGGGGCCAUCAACCGCGUGUACAAGCUGACGGGCAACCUGACCAUCCAGGUGGCUCACAAGACGGGGCCAGAGGAGGACAACAAGUCCUGCUACCCUCCGCUCAUCGUGCAGCCCUGCAGCGAGGUGCUCACCCUCACCAACAACGUCAACAAGCUGCUCAUCAUCGACUACUCCGAGAACCGGCUGCUGGCCUGCGGCAGUCUGUACCAGGGGGUCUGCAAGCUGCUGCGGCUGGACGACCUCUUCAUCCUGGUGGAGCCGUCCCACAAGAAGGAGCACUACCUGUCCAGCGUCAACAAGACGGGGACGAUGUACGGGGUGAUCGUGCGCUCCGAGGGCGAGGACGGCAAGCUCUUCAUCGGCACGGCCGUGGAUGGCAAGCAGGACUACUUCCCCACCCUGUCCAGCCGCAAGCUGCCCCGCGACCCCGAGUCCUCCGCCAUGCUCGACUACGAGCUCCACAGCGACUUCGUCUCCUCGCUCAUCAAGAUCCCCUCCGACACCCUGGCCCUGGUCGCCCACUUUGACAUCUUCUACAUCUACGGCUUCGCCAGCGGGGGCUUCGUCUACUUCCUCACGGUCCAGCCCGAGACCCCCGAGGGCGUGGCCAUCAACUCAGCCGGAGACCUCUUCUACACCUCGCGCAUCGUGAGGCUCUGCAAGGACGACCCCAAGUUCCACUCCUACGUGUCCCUGCCCUUCGGCUGCACGCGGGCCGGGGUGGAAUACCGCCUCCUGCAGGCCGCUUACCUCGCCAAGCCCGGGGACUCCCUGACCCAGGCCUUCAACAUCAGCAGCCAGGAUGACGUGCUCUUCGCCAUCUUCUCCAAAGGGCAGAAGCAGUAUCACCACCCGCCGGAUGACUCCGCCCUCUGUGCCUUCCCCAUCCGGGCCAUCAACUUGCAGAUCAAAGAGCGCCUGCAGUCCUGCUACCAGGGCGAGGGCAACCUGGAGCUCAACUGGCUGCUGGGGAAGGACGUGCAGUGCACCAAGGCGCCGGUGCCCAUCGAUGACAACUUCUGUGGGCUGGACAUCAACCAGCCGCUUGGAGGCUCAGUUCCAGUGGAGGGCCUGACCCUGUACACCACGAGCCGGGACCGCAUGACCUCGGUGGCCUCUUAUGUUUACAACGGCUACAGCGUGGUAUUUGUGGGGACGAAGAGUGGCAAGCUGAAAAAGAUUCGAGCCGAUGGUCCCCCCCAUGGUGGGGUCCAAUAUGAGAUGGUCUCCGUGCUCAAAGAUGGAAGCCCCAUCCUCCGGGACAUGGCCUUCUCCAUUGAUCAGCGCUACCUGUACAUCAUGUCUGAGAGACAGAUCACCAGGGUCCCUGUGGAAUCCUGUGAACAGUACACGACGUGUGGGGAGUGCCUGAGUUCGGGGGACCCUCACUGUGGCUGGUGUGCUCUGCACAACAUGUGCUCCCGCAGGGACAAGUGUCAGCGGGCCUGGGAACCUAAUCGAUUUGCUGCCAGCAUCAGCCAGUGCAUGAGCCUCGAGGUGCAUCCCAGCAGCAUCUCCGUGUCUGAGCACAGCCAGCGGCUCAGCCUGGUUGUGAGUGAUGCUCCUGAUCUGUCUGCGGGCAUCUCCUGUGCCUUUGGGAACCUGACAGAGGUAGAGGGACAGGUAUCCGGGAGCCAGGUCACCUGCAUCUCACCGGGGCCCAAGGAUGUCCCUGUCAUCCCUCUGGAUCAAGACUGGUUUGGGCUAGAGCUGCAGCUGAGAUCCAAGGAGACAGGAAAGAUAUUCGUCAGCACCGAGUUCAAGUUCUACAACUGCAGCGCCCACCAACUGUGCCUGUCUUGUGUCAACAGCGCCUUCCGCUGCCAUUGGUGCAAAUACCGAAACCUCUGUACUCACGACCCCACCACCUGCUCCUUCCAGGAGGGCCGGAUCAACGUGUCAGAGGACUGUCCCCAGCUGGUGCCCACGGAAGAGAUCCUGAUACCCGUCGGGGAAGUAAAGCCGAUCACCCUCAAGGCUCGGAACCUGCCCCAGCCUCAGUCUGGCCAGAGAGGCUAUGAGUGCGUGCUCAACAUCCAGGGGGCCGUCCACCGGGUCCCCGCCCUGCGCUUCAACAGCUCCAGCGUCCAGUGCCAGAACAGCUCGUACCAGUAUGACGGAAUGGACAUCAGCAACCUGGCCGUGGACUUCGCCGUGGUGUGGAAUGGCAAUUUCAUCAUCGACAACCCUCAGGACCUGAAAGUCCACCUCUACAAGUGUGCAGCCCAGCGGGAGAGCUGUGGCCUCUGCCUCAAGGCCGACCGGAAGUUUGAGUGUGGCUGGUGCAGCGGUGAGCGCAGAUGCACCCUCCAGCAGCACUGUAGCAGCCCCUCCAGCCCCUGGCUUGACUGGUCCAGCCACAAUGUUAAGUGCUCCAACCCUCAAAUCACCGAGAUUUUGACAGUGUCCGGACCUCCUGAAGGAGGCACUCGAGUGACCAUCCAUGGCGUGAACCUGGGCCUGGACUUCUCCGAGAUUGCCCACCACGUGCAGGUGGCUGGGGUGCCCUGCACACCCCUGCCGGGGGAUUACAUCAUCGCUGAGCAGAUCGUCUGUGAGAUGGGCCAUGCCCUUGUGGGGACCACCUCUGGGCCCGUGCGCCUGUGCAUUGGCGAGUGUAAGCCAGAGUUCAUGACCAAGUCCCAUCAACAGUACACGUUUGUGAACCCUUCCGUGCUGUCACUCAGUCCCAUCCGAGGGCCAGAGUCCGGAGGCACCAUGGUGACCAUCACGGGCCAUUACCUCGGGGCUGGGAGCAGUGUGGCCGUUUACCUGGGCAACCAGACCUGCGAGUUCUAUGGGCGGUCAAUGAACGAGAUCGUGUGUGUCUCCCCCCCGUCGUCCAACGGGCUGGGGCCCGUCCCUGUCUCCGUGAGUGUCGACCGAGCCCGCGUGGAUAACAACCUGCAGUUCGAAUACAUAGAUGACCCGCGGGUGCAGCGCAUUGAGCCCGAGUGGAGCAUCACCAGUGGCCACACACCCCUGACCAUCACAGGCUUCAACCUGGAUGUCAUUCAGGAGCCAAGGAUCCGAGUCAAGUUUAACGGCAAAGAAUCUGUCAAUGUGUGUAAAGUUGUGAACACCACCACCCUGACCUGCCUGGCACCCUCCCUGACCACGGACUACCGACCCGGCCUGGACACCGUGGAACGGCCGGACGAGUUUGGAUUCGUCUUUAACAAUGUCCAGUCCUUGCUGAUUUACAAUGACACCAAGUUCAUCUACUACCCCAACCCAACCUUUGAGCUGCUCAGCCCUACUGGGGUCUUGGAUCAAAAGCCGGGAUCCCCCAUCAUUCUGAAGGGCAAAAACCUCUGCCCUCCUGCCUCUGGAGGUGCCAAACUCAACUACACAGUGCUGAUUGGAGAGACCCCGUGCGCUGUCACUGUAUCCGAGACGCAGCUCCUCUGCGAGCCUCCAAACCUCACCGGGCAGCACAAAGUCAUGGUCCACGUGGGUGGCAUGGUGUUCUCGCCCGGCUCGGUGAGUGUCGUCUCAGACAGCCUGCUGACCCUGCCAGCCAUCGUCAGCAUCGCGGCGGGGGGCAGCCUCCUGCUGAUCAUCGUGAUCAUAGUCCUCAUCGCCUACAAGCGCAAGUCUCGCGAGAACGACCUCACUCUCAAGCGGCUCCAAAUGCAGAUGGACAACCUGGAGUCCCGUGUGGCCCUGGAGUGUAAGGAAGCUUUUGCCGAGCUCCAGACAGACAUCAACGAGCUGACCAGCGACCUGGACCGAUCAGGAAUCCCCUACCUGGACUAUCGGACCUAUGCUAUGCGAGUCCUGUUCCCCGGCAUUGAAGACCAUCCCGUCCUGCGUGAGCUGGAGGUGCAGGGCAACGGGCAGCAGCACGUGGAGAAGGCCCUGAAGCUCUUUGCCCAGCUCCUCAACAACAAGGUGUUCCUGCUGACCUUCAUCCGCACCCUGGAGCUGCAGCGCAGCUUCUCCAUGCGGGACCGUGGCAACGUGGCCUCACUCAUCAUGACCGGCCUGCAGGGCCGCCUGGAGUACGCCACCGAUGUCCUCAAGCAGCUGCUCUCCGACCUCAUCGAUAAGAACCUGGAGAACAAGAACCACCCCAAGCUGCUUCUCCGGAGGACAGAGUCCGUGGCUGAGAAGAUGCUGACCAAUUGGUUUGCCUUCCUCCUGCACAAAUUCCUGAAGGAGUGUGCAGGGGAGCCGCUCUUCAUGCUGUACUGUGCCAUCAAGCAGCAGAUGGAGAAGGGCCCCAUCGAUGCCAUCACGGGUGAGGCCCGCUACUCCCUGAGCGAGGACAAGCUCAUCCGGCAACAGAUCGAGUACAAGACCCUGAUCCUGAACUGCGUCAACCCUGACAAUGAGAACAGUCCAGAGAUACCAGUGAAGGUGUUGAACUGUGACACCAUCACGCAGGUCAAGGAGAAGAUCCUCGAUGCCGUCUACAAGAACGUGCCCUACUCCCAGCGGCCGAGGGCGGUUGACAUGGACUUGGAGUGGCGCCAAGGCCGGAUCGCCCGGGUCGUGCUGCAGGACGAGGACAUCACCACCAAGAUCGAGGGUGACUGGAAGCGGCUGAACACGCUGAUGCACUAUCAGGUAUCAGACAGAUCCGUGGUGGCUCUGGUCCCCAAACAGACCUCUUCCUACAACAUCCCUGCCUCUGCCAGCAUCUCCCGGACGUCCAUCAGCAGAUACGACUCCUCCUUCAGGUACACAGGCAGUCCCGACAGCCUGAGGUCUCGGGCCCCCAUGAUCACUCCAGACCUGGAGAGUGGGGUCAAGGUGUGGCAUCUGGUGAAGAACCACGACCAUGGGGACCAGAAGGAGGGUGACCGGGGCAGCAAGAUGGUGUCCGAGAUCUACCUGACCCGGCUACUGGCCACCAAGGGCACCCUGCAGAAGUUCGUGGACGACUUGUUUGAGACCUUGUUCAGCACUGUGCACCGGGGCAGCGCUCUCCCCCUGGCCAUCAAGUACAUGUUUGAUUUCCUGGAUGAGCAGGCAGACAGACACAGCAUCCAUGACACAGAUGUGCGGCACACCUGGAAGAGCAACUGCCUCCCUCUGCGCUUCUGGGUGAAUGUGAUCAAGAACCCCCAGUUUGUAUUUGACAUCCACAAGGGCAGCAUCACAGACGCCUGCCUCUCUGUGGUGGCCCAGACCUUCAUGGACUCUUGCUCAACAUCAGAGCACCGGCUGGGCAAGGACUCCCCUUCCAACAAGCUACUCUAUGCCAAGGACAUCCCCAGCUACAAGAGCUGGGUGGAAAGAUACUACGCAGACAUUGCCAAGCUCCCCGCCAUCAGUGACCAGGACAUGAACGCCUACCUCGCCGAGCAGUCCCGGCUGCACGCCGUGGAGUUCAACAUGCUAAGUGCCCUCAAUGAGAUCUACUCCUACGUCAGCAAGUACAGCGAAGAGCUCAUUGGGGCCCUGGAGCAGGACGAGCAGGCCCGGCGACAGCGGCUGGCAUACAAGGUGGAACAGCUCAUAAACGCCAUGUCCAUCGAGAGCUGAGAGAUGGAGCCUCCUGUUCCUGGGAAAAGGGACCCGUGAAGGCUGUCACACUGGGCAUCUCAGAAGGAAGGACAAGUGACGGGGAUCAGGCCCCCAAGCUUGCUGUCCCCUGAGACCCCAUCCCGGGGAGAGGGGAGGGCCCCUCUCCCCACGCCAGCCAAGUUCCGUCACAGUCAGUUCCUGCAGGGAGAGACCGGGGGCAUCCUCCACCCACCCCCGCGGCGAGGACGAGAGGGACAACGCGGGGCCCGGAGAAGGUGGUUCUUCAAGCUGAGAGGCACGCCUGGGCACGGCUCUGCCUCUGUGACUGCUGCUUUGCAUGAAAACUCAUUCCAUGUAUAUUGGGGAAAUAAUGAGAACUUUAUUUAAUUUUUUUUAAGAAAAAGGAAAACCAGAAAUAAAACAAAACAAAAAGCCUCCCUGUUCAUCCCGUCCAACUCUCAUUCAAUUCUGCUUUCUGUCCCCCUUCUUUCUUUUACCCCCGUGCCUCCUUCCUCGUAUAACUCCUGGUUCCCAAUGCCAGGAAAAGCCUACAGAGAGAUGCUGAGAGAAAGUGGAGGGAAGAAUGAUUGUUUCCUUGCCCUUGAAUUUUUUUUUUUUAAAGUGAGGAGGAGAAGAGUGAGCACAAGUUGAUGCCAAACACUUCGCAAAAAGAGAGGCCAGUGAGACCUGGAAUGAUGCCGGGAGCCACGAGAUCUGGGGAAGGACGGGACUUUGCGCAAAUGGCAAAGCCAUCGCGCGGCUCCACCUGGCUGACUGGAAACUGAGCUUUACACGCGCACACCUGUAUAUUCUCGUCUCCAGAGGACAUCUGUGUCCAUAGAGUACCAAUGCUUUUUGCUACUGUUUGGUUGUUUUGUUUUAUUUAAACCCAAACCUCAACAAAUGAGGAGAUGAUUUUGGUACUUUUCCUUUGGUUUCUCUAAAGUUACUCCCAGAAGUGGGGGAAAGGGGGCCCUCUCCCAGAUCAGACACCUGGCCUCCCCAAGGACACUGGGCAGCUCUGCCUUACAUCCGUCACUGUCAUAAAGCAGGCACGCUGGGGAAAGACCCUGCAGGUGCAUGGGCUGGGCCUCCAGGAGGUUCCAUUUGGGAGCUGAUCGGGGGACAUGGGUGUUUGGCUUUGGAUUCCGCUUCAAUCCGCCAGUGGUUUCUUGCAAUUAAAAAGAAAACAAAAAUCAAACACUGUUUACAGCAAGCAAUACUUGAAGAGCAUAGAUUCAAGAAGCUGCAGUAUUUAUUGUUGUGCUUUCUUUCUUUUAUUCUCUCGUGCCUAGAGAGGGGAAACAACCCUUCACCUGUAUGCGGAAGCUUCUGACCGCCUGAGCACUGGCCUCAGUAGAGAUGACUGUAGCGUCUCCAUGUUAUGUCUUCUUCUGCUUCUCUUUCUGCUUCUCAUGUCCUUAUGAAAGGACAUGUUUGAAGGACAAGUGGGCAGCUUCUCACUGGGUUUCUCUCUCUCCUGCUAACACCUAAAUCCAUGGAUGACCAACUGUCCUGCGUGUAGUUUCCAAAUAAAGAGACCAAAGUUCCACGCCCUGGUCCUGAGGCCCCAUGGAAGGCAGUGGGAGGCACCCAGAGGAAGGCGCCUCCGGUGGUGCAGGACCCUGGAGACCCGACAGCCACCAGAGUUUCCAGGCCUCCCACCCUGGCAAGGAUCCAAGCAGCCAGCCCCAGCUUCUCUGCAGGCAGCAUCGGAGUGAGUGGGAAGGAGGACAAGAGAAAGACAAAGAGAUGGAAAGGGGGGCAGCAGGAGAGGACCAGCCUCCCCUUCCUACCUUCUACUUUACAAUGGGCUGCAACGCUGGGAAACAGGACCAGCUACCCCCAGAGAGACCAGACCAGGGUCACUUCCUCUGUAAUUAACUCUGGGCCCCAGCUUCUCUGUGCCCUGACUUACCUCCAAACACUUCCAAUUUCCAAAGGCUCUGCUGACCACGUUGGAUUGCCAGGAAAGGGCUGGGGGAGGGGGAGCUCUGAGGGCUGGCUUCCAUCACUGCCGCGUGGCUUUGGAUCGCUGUGCUAACCGCACAACAGACAUCGCCUGGUCGCCUCAGCUCCGGUUUCUUGCCUGAAUGCAGCUGACAAAUGGGAAGAGAAAAGCAUUCAGCAAAAUACUCAGGAAACUCGCUGUUUUCAUUAUAAUUCACAACCAGCCAUGCCAAGGCCACUUUCUUCUGAUAAUCCACAUCUGUUAAAAUUUCUCUGGGCCCUGUUAAUAGCCUGAAAGAAAUACUAAUGACUGGCCUUCUGCACUAAGCCAAAGUGUUUGCCCUUCAUAGUACCCAAAGCUUAUCAGCUCAGAGCCCGUGAUUUACGGAGAUGAAAGGCAAGGAGAUACGAGCAAGAGGAAUGUCAGCAGGAGACGUUGUGCUACCCACAAAAAAGUGCAGCCCAGCCUUCUGAGCUCUGAAUGAAGGUUUUCUGAUCAAACUAUUGCUCAGACUGGCACCCCAGGCUUUGCUCCACCAAGAAGUGAAAGACAUCUCAGCUGCAUCGUAACCGACCCUGACCUCUAUGCAUCUACCCGGGUGUCUCCCAGCAGGUACUUUUGGUGACCAUUCACCACCCCAGGGGAUGCUUCCUUGAAGGUUUUUGGGGAGUGGGAGAAUGAUGGGGGGGGGAUGGCCUCUUGGACAGUGGAGAGGAGAGGCACCAGAGCUGACAGAAGCUUGACCACAUUUCUCAGGAUUCCAUGAGAGAGCUGGGGAAUGUGGGCUGGCAAAGGAUGUGGCACAGGGACAUCCCUAAGAAAGGAAUUAAGAUAAAGGAAAACUCAAAUGGACUCAAGUCAGGCCGUGAGGGUGAAAGCUUGGAGAGCCUUGCUUGGCUUUGAGUCACCAAGAGUCCAUGCCCUGCGGGAUGGGAGGAGAGGGAGUAAGUUGCCCUCUCUCCUCACCGUUCUCCGAUGUGAAGCUAUUUUGACCUUGUGUAAGGAGUAAGUAUUAAAAUCACAGCCCCUCCCCCACAUGAAGUAUUAAAAUCACAGCUCCUCCCCUCCAUCCAUCUUGGAGGGAGGCAUAGGGGGACUUCUCUCUCGAAGGCUGAUCCGGCUCCUUUUUGUUUCACUGAUCUGCACAAGAGACAAUUCUCUGGAAAAGGGAAAGGAGAAGCACCCCAGACAUGUGCUUGGCAAGACAGAGGGACAAGCUGUCCGUCAUGGUGGCGUGAGUCCCUCCAGCUGGCCUGCUGCUGCGUCCCACCCUCACCAGGGCCACAGGUGCUUCUGUGCUUGCCCUCCUACUGCCCCCCACAGCGCAUCUCUCAGAACCAUCCCUGAUCC